AACGCGUCCUUCCCUUUCUUGUUUCGGGCACCAAGUUGAAUUCCCAGAAAAGCUGCUUGCCAGUCGCCAACAUGACUUCUUUCCUCCUCAAAAGCAGGCUGAUAGUGUCCCUGACUGCCUUUACGGCACGGUCUCUCGGGAGAGCGUCCGGAGUGCGGCAGUCCACCUCAAUUCAGGCUUCGCGCGCGUUACGGACGCAGAGUCUUUGCAGGGCUUCGUUUUCUGGAAAUGACCCUUCGGCGAAAGCACAACAACUGUUUGACCAAGGUUUGCAAAAAUGGAACACAGACGAUGUCCAGGGCGCUCUUGAAUGCUACCAACAGUCAAUAUGGACCGCCGCCACCGGAGACGCCUACUACAAUAUUGCAAACUGCUACCUGCAAUUAGGAAAGCAUCAAUCAGCGGUGGAUGCCUGGAAGAAGUCCCUCGAGUUAUCCCCAGGGCGGGCAGAUGCCCACGUCAAUUUGGCGAACGUAUAUGCCCUGAUUUUGAAACGCCAUGAUGAGGCUUUGGCGCAUUACGAGAAUGCUCUCAACCUGGAGCCAAAGGACGGACAGAUUCACUACAACUUUGCAGUUGUGCUCGAUUCGAUGGGAAAUUUGGACAAAGCGAUUGAGCAUUACAAAAUCGCGGUUGAGAAUGGCACAACUGUGGCCCAGAAGAAUUUGAGGAACGCUAUGGCUCGGAAACUGGGGCAACAGUUGAAGGAAGAGCCAAAAUAGUGAUCCCGUUGGAGAUUACGGCAACCCGAAUUAGAUACAAGGGCAUCAGCAAAGACUGCAUGUGUAAAUAGGCUUCGCCGGAAUGCCAUGGCUUGGAAGCUGGGGCGACAGCUGAAGGAAGAAACAAAACAGUGAUCCCUUCGGAUAUCCCACAGAUCCGA